AUGAGACUUACAGGCGGCGCCGUAGCCUUUGGGCUUUUGUUACCUGGCGCUGCCGCUUGGGGUAGCUUGGGCCACAUUACCGUCGCCUAUCUUGCCAGCAACUUUGUCAAGGAGGAGACGGCAACCUACUUCCAAGAGCUGCUACGCAAUGACACCGAGCACUACUUGGCAGGAGUUGCAACAUGGGCAGACAGUAUUCGAUACACCAAAUGGGGACAAUUCACCAAGAACUUCCAUUUCAUUGACGCCAAGGACGACCCGCCAACGUACUGCGGUGUCGACUUUGACCGGGACUGCAAAGAGGACGGCUGCGUGGUCAGUUCGAUCCAGAACUACACCACCCAGCUGCUGGACAGCAAGCUGUUCCCAUGGAGGCGGAACCAGGCUGCCAAGUUCGUCAUCCACUUUGUCGGCGACAUCCAUCAGCCUUUGCACACCGAGAACGUGGCCCGGGGAGGAAAUGGCAUCGAGGUCAAGUGGGAGCGCGCAGAGCUGAACCUUCAUCACGUGUGGGACUCCAGCAUCGCGGAGAAGAUGCUAGGUGGAAUCCGCAGGAAGCCAUAUGAGGCUGCUCAUACCUGGGCCGCCAACCUGACCUCCGAGAUCAAGACGGGCAAAUACAUGGCCGAGAGCAAAUUCUGGGCCGCCGGCAUGGAUCUGGAUGAUCCCGUUGCCACAUCUUUGGGAUGGGCAAACGAGUCGAACGCAUAUGUUUGCUCGACGGUACUUCCAGAAGGUCCUGUGGCCAUUGUUGGCCAACAGCUUGCCGGCGAGUAUUUUGAGAAGGCUGCUCCUGUCAUCGAGAUUCAGGUCGCACGGGCUGGAUAUCGUCUGGCUGCUUGGUUGGAUCUCAUCGCGGACAGAAUCCGGGCAACGAGUAACACCAUCGGAGUUGGUGAGCUCUAA